CAACAGAACUCAGCUGUUCAGAAGCUAGCUUAGUCGGCCUAGUUGUAGAGUACUGUUCUUUACACUUUUAAGGGUUUGCAUUUGUAAAAGUUGCUUUAAAGCUCCUAGCAGGCUAGCUUUUUAACUAAGGACGAGGCUGUUGGACCAAAAGACUUCACCAGAACAGAGAUAUUUAUGGCAAAGCCAGACCACAAGACCACACGGUGGAGAUUCUGACCUCCACCACUGACCACCACAACAGCCCUUUCCUCAUCUGUCACCAUGUCUCCGCGAAAAAGACCUCUGGUCCCCGUAAACAGCCGACGGAAAGCAGCAGACGACUACUUCCCUUUCAACUUCCUGCCAGUGGAGUGCCAGCUGCACGUCUUGUCCUUUCUGAAUGAGGUGGAUAAGUGUAACUGUGCUUUGGUUUGCCUGAGCUGGAGCUGUCUUGUGCGCUCCUGGAAGCUGUGGCGGGUAGCAGACUAUUCCCGCCGUGGUGUCUUCCAUCUGGGUCAGGAGGGUCUGCUCGUUUCCAACCGUGAGUUUGAGAGGUGGAAAUCCUGGGUCCACCAUUACACCCACCACCUCAUCUCCCGCCGGGCAAGCCUGCUCACCCUCAAGGCCAGCUUCGACCUGGGGGAUCGCUGCAAUAAGUGGGGCGAGCUGCUGAGCCACCUGCUGAAUAAUGUUCACUGCAGAGACCUCAGCCACCUGGACCUCAACUGGACCUUUACUCUUCUUGAGCCGCUGGACCUCAGGGUCCACUGCAGCUCCAGUUCACACCAGGACAGCAUUACCAAAAUGGACCAGGUGACCAGUUUCCAGGAGCUGCUGACCAAACUCACCCACAGCUGCCCUCGCAUCUCUAAGAUGCGGCUACAUUUUGACUGGUCGGAUGUGUCGGUGUCGCUGCUCACCCAGUUCCAGCAGCUCCGAGUCCUUGAGCUCAAAUACUUCUGGGUCUUUAAAGGAGUGACUCCGUCGACGCUGCAGACCUUGACAAAAUCCCUGCCUAACCUCAAGUCUCUCACUUUACACAUCCUGGUGCCACUGAGGAAUCUGGGCAUCUCGUACACUCUGGAGUCUCAGUCUCUGGAGUUCCUGGAUGUGUCACCCAGCAGAGGCUUAGUCUUCUCCUGUCUGAAGCUGCCUGCCCUGCGUGAGUUUCGAGCCAAGAAGAUCGUCCGCGGUAUCACGCUGGACAGGAGGACCAGGCUGAGGAUUCAGCACAAGUGGCCCUGCUUGUACCAAGUCCUCCGGGAGGGGACACCAAAGCUUCAGGCCCUGAACAAUGAGAGACUCCUUCCCACAUGGAGAGAGGAGAUCUAUGGGGAGCUCUCUGCCAUCCUGGAACAGUCCUGUUACUGUGUGCAGCAUCUAGACAGCUGGCUUUGGUAGUCAGCUGAAUGACAGUAAAUGAAGUACAUCCCACGUCUGGUCAGCGGUCGGUAGGUUCCAGAAGAAAGCAAUAUAUUACCUUUACACACACCAUUUUUGUCCCUAUUUGAAUGAACUGCACUCAUAGGGGAAAAUGUUUGGAGAAAAAAAACUUGAAAGAGUUAUAUUUUAUAUUAAAGUCAUGGUUGAGAAAAAAGUUGUAAUCCAGAAAAAAAAAUCAUAAACAUUUUUCUUUUAUAAGAGGAAUCUCUGAUAUGUCAAGAAUAAAAUCCUGAAUCACUGUCAGAAAAUAUUUGCAGUGCAAUGAGAGAAAAGAGGUAAUUUCAAGAAAAUAUCAUAUUAUGAUAUUUAAGUCACCCUGAUCAACUAUACAGGUAAUAUUGCAACAUUUCUCUCAACGUUAUGACUUUUUUCUUUAACUAUUCCUUUUUUUUCUAAACACAUUAUGGGUUUAUUUUCAAUAUAAUACACUUCAGUUUCAAAAAGUUUUGCCUUUAUUCUCAGUAUCAAUGACCAAGAAUGAAAUCUUCUCAAGUGUAGAAAACUGACAUGUACUGUAUUGUAAUUUUACUGUUGUUCUUAGUUUGAUCAUUGAGUUUAAAAUUGAACCUCAGCUGAUCAUGUGCUCAUAGAACAUAUUAACUGUAUCCUAAAUAACACAUCUGAACUAUGUAAAUGUCAAUUACACGAGAAAAAGAAACCAACAAUCAGUGGAAAGUAAAAUCACAGCAAAGGACCAAAAAGCUUCUCAGAACUGAUGAGUACGGAGCCUGGGUCAGUGCGACCAACUCCUCAGUCUAACAUACCUGAAAACCUGAGCUGGUUCUGGAUCAGCGCACAGACAGUAUUAAUCUGGUGUAAUUCUAAUCACAGGCCGUCAGGAAUCCAGCACAGCUAAGCCAGGGUUCAUUCCAGUGCUGGACCAGUUUGCACCAGACGUGUUUCUUCUUUGAGUGCCCCCCCAAUCGGGUUGUUUCUCUGUUGAUGUGUGACGUUAGUGGACCGUCAUGGUGUGCGUUUCUUUUAAAGCAGCGAGAGCUGAUGUAUCGAUUCUUAUGAAGUUUUCAAACAUGUAACCUGCCUGUCUUAAAAUGAUAGCUGGAAACUUUUUGCACAUUUCCAUUGCUGUUAUGAAAGGUUCUUGUUCAAAUCACUGUAGCAAGCAAGUGACCGACUUCCAGCUGUUUUCCUGACUAGGUAAGGUUUUUGCGUAUCAUCAUGGAUUCCAUGUGUUUUACAUGUGUGUAAAGUUGUGAAAUUUUAUUUUCAUUCCUGUUUUUUUUAUUUUUUUUUUUACCAUGAGCCUCGACUGUUUGCUUCUGACAGCAGAGAGAGGGAAUCAGUGCCUUUGCAGUUAGCCUCCUAAUCAGUAGAGGACCUUAUUCUCAAAGAUUUGGAUUCCAACGAGAUUUCUCUGCCAAAGGUUUACAACUGCACUAGUGUAACGCUGUGUCUUUACACCAACGGAUUCUGAUCAUUUCACUUGAGGGUAUUUAUUUUCUCCAGAAUAUAUCAAUGUAUGGUUGGUGUGUUUGAUAUUAUGGAACUUUUGAGAGUGGAACAUUUAACAGGAUUCUUCAUAAAUAAUUGUACUCUAUCUUAUUGUCGUAUGUGUGUGUGUGUGUGUGUGAGUGUGUGAAAUACACAGAGAAACAUCAAUAAUUGACGAUCAGCUCUGCUCCCAGAGCUGAUCAUCUGCUUUCAAAGGAAUAAAUCCCUCCUGAAAACAACACACACUCACACACUCACACACACACACACUGUGUCAGUAGUACACCCUGACAGAUGUUGUAACAUCUGGUCCAUAAGACCUUUUUUCCCACAUAAUAAAUUAAAUUUUCUGGGACAAGUACAGAAAAUUCUUCUGACUACACACCA